GAACUCUACUUGCUGAUCGCCAAGUUCCUCUCGAAGGGUCCCUGUAGCCGUGCUACUGAGGUAAGUUGAAGUAUUGUACGUUUAUUCCGUUGAAAUCAUCCACUAACGAGUCGUGUUUCUCACACAGGCCUUGACCGAGGAACUCGUCGAACAUAAGGUAAGCUCCCCAUUUCUCUAAAUCACAUUGGACAUAGGGGUAGUUACACCUCUAAAAUACAUUUGAAGGUUUCCCUUUAACUUUUUUUCUGUAUUUGGGAUUUAUAGUCCUCAGCGAGUUAUCCAGACAAUAGUGUUUGAUUCAUGCCAUGUUGUUAAAUGAUCCUUUCUCACACUUUUCUUCACAGCUUCUACGACGCCGGACAGAUUGGAGGGGCCAAGAACAUGACCAAACCUACGAGGAAACGGUACUCUUUUGCCCCUAUUUACAAAUCUACUCUCAAGCGACUUUUUGAGCAAAUUUCGGUGCCAACCACGGAUCAAAUUUUUUUGAUAUUUUUCAUCGGAAAACGAAAAAAUAUUUUUCGCGCUUCGUCUAAGCGAAGCCCGAAAAAAAGGGUGAAAUUUAUUUUGCGAUCAUAUUUUCGACGGGCUAGCAGAUUGUGUUUUUUCGCUGCGUUCAUUAUGAAACUUGGUCAGCCUCUGACACCCCACAACUUAUGCAUACCAAGCCUUUGUCUAUUCAUAUGGUAAUCGGAUAUUUAUGGUGUUUAUCGAAAGCGAGCCAAUCAGAGGUGAAAGCGGAACGUGUUGGGUCAGAUUUCCAUUGUUAUACAAUGACCGGAUUAAAAUUCCAGCUGUCAAAUAUACGUCAGAAUAAUGGCAACACAAUUUUCAUUUCCGUUCCUUCGGUUGGCGCGUGAUCGAUCUCACAGGAACAGAUGCUUCGCGAAAGAACUAGGCUGUGAAAUCUUGAUAUUGCUGUAUUUUGCCCGCUUAAAAUCGCCGCAUUUUAGCUGGUUAAUUGUGCUAGAGAAAAACUGCUCGUUUAGCCACAAUCGUUUUUGUUCUGUCUUGUUUUCUCAAGUAUUAUAAAGCGAAAAAUAAAAGUAGCAUUACAUGAAGAAGGCCUGGACACUAUAUUUUAAUACGCGCCAUGUUGCGUUGCGGUAGAUUGUGAUAUAGGUAGUGCGGUCAUUUUGUGUUGAAAAUUGCCUUUCGUUUCAAAUAGGCACCAAAUGCAAGGACUUCAGUAACAGGCAAAGUUUUGUAAAGCAUUUUUCCAUUCAACAGAUCGCUGAAAAUCGCCAUAUUCCUGAUGAUUUCUUGCUACGUGUAGCAGAGCGACUUGUUCCUUUGGUGGAGCAAUGUGUGCCUGGCAGCGCACCGGGCUUUCGGUCCUUGCUUGGGGCUGGAAGACAGAGCAUGCUACGAACAUCCUCAGGUAAUUAGAGUACGUCAUGGGGGUUAUCAAACAGUAUGUUAGAAAUGACUGAAAAGUCUGAGUUCUAAACGAUAGUUUUUUCUGCAGAACACCACACUUCAGUGAACUCAGUGGUGUCUGAAAUCUCCUUUUUUUCAUAGAAAAUUUAUCCCUAAGCAGUCCACCCCAUCACUUGUUUUUGUAAGAUCCUAUAAAUAAAAUAAUUGAUUAGUAGCCGUAAAAGAAGGGCUCUCGCCUAUCUUAAUAAUAGGGAGCAGGGGGGAGCUUGAAGCCUGGUUUUCAUAUGUCUGGAAAAUCCCAGACGAUCGGGGAUUUUAUUGUUUCCCGACUGUCCCAGAUUUUGGCGACUAAUGAAAACUCAAAAUCGUGGAUAUCCCCAAUCGUCUGGGAUGGACGGGGACAAAUCUGGAGAAUCAGGAGUGUUUCUAUGUUCCCCACGCAUCCCAGAUUUCUGUGAUCAUGGUCAGCGAUCAUUCUCAACAAAUGAAAACUCAAAUUUGUACCGUCAGGGACGUUGGCAAUGGAUUUUGCUCAUUACCAACUCUCUAAAUUGUUGGGCUUCAGUCUCCCUAUCACACAUUUGUUUACAAAUUUCAAUUUUUGGUGCACUUUCCAUUUCCCACCAAAUUCAACAUCAAAUGAAUCUAGGACAGACUUCUGGCAAUUAUCCGAUACAUCCAAAAAUCUGAGAAGGUUGGCAAAAAGUAAAAUCCCUGAUCAUCUGGGAUUUUGAGGACAUAUGAAAACCAGGCUUGAGCAAUUACAAUGGUGACAGCAACGAGAACAUCAAAAAAGCAAUAGUAAAACAACAACUUUGCAUGUGAAAACACCUUUUUGGAAAAUGCCCAAUUUCACAUUUUAUGGAGGACGUAAACAAGCAACGAUGAGUUUUUCUUUCUCUUUCUAAACUUGAGUGCGGUCCCCAAAGAAAUCAAUGCCAAGGAAAUCCACCUACAUUUGGCAGUUUCAGCAAACUGUAAUUAAUGUGAAGAAGUUUGAAAAAAUGUGAGAUCAUUUUAAAAGUGAUGUUUUUGCUGCCCUCACCAUGGUUGAUGAUAAAUCUCCCUAAUAAUGUUGGUGGGUCUGUGGUAGCGUCUGCACCACAGAUGGAAAUUAACUUCUGGUUGAGACUGUCUGCAAAACAGCACUGAAAUACUUGUUGAGGGCCCCCACCUAUGUACCAGGAUUUGAGCACUUGGCAUGAUUGACCUGUUAACUAAGGGAUUGCUGAUUUGCCAAUCAGGUUGAAGGGAAAUUCAUAACUCAUUUCCUGUAAUUCAUUGAGUCCAUUUGGGGCCCAGAACGGAAGGAUCACGGCGCUUCUUUGCAGACAUCACUAACCUGUGUUUGUUUACAUCUGCAAAGCAGGCUAGUGCUGUAAGAAAUAAGAGCAGUGCAUGUAAAUAUAUGCUGUUUGAUGGGGUCCAGCUCAUGCAGGAGCUAAGUACAUUUAGUAGAAUCCAACCAGUGGUCUAUUAUCAAUACUGCAUUCUGAUUGGUUGAGCUACUACAAGGCUAUAUGUUAUAGCCCACUAGUAGCGAAAAGCGCCAGCUUUGAAAACCAAAACAAUCGCAGCUGAAUUCCGUUUGCUAGCUAAAGUUGUUUUGUCUCUAUAUUUUUUACCAACUAGUUGGAUUUUACUUUACUAGGCUGAUUUUCAAAACACCCUCAUUUCGUGCCUUGAAGGGGAAGCCAUGCCCCUGUCAGUAUUUUACUUUGUCCAUUUCAAUAUCUGUACGUUGCUGUCACAGUUUUAACCCACCUUUGUUUGAUAUUUGAUGCCUAUUCAAGGAUGGGGCAGUGGUGAGCACCUCCCACCAACGUGAUUUGCAUUAAAAUCCUGGCAUUGACACCGUACAUGGGUUGAGUUUGUUGUUGGUUCUCUCCCUUGCUCAGGGAGGUUUUUCUCUGGACACUGCGGUUUUCCCCUCUCCCUUGAAACCAUACAUUCCAAAUUUCAAUUUGACCAGGAUAGAUGUAGAACCAGUCCCUGUGGAUGUGCUACCUCACAAUCUUUAUAUUUUAUUUAUUUCAUCUGUCUGAUUCCCCUUUUUCAAGGCCAUAAUUAUGUACUUACAUGUACGCUGCCUUUCAGAAUAAAUGUGCCAUAAUGUGUAAUUUUUAUGGUGUAUACGAGUUCUUAAAAUGUAUAAUAAUGCGUACAAUAAAAUGGAGGUGAUGUAUGUAAUGCUGCAUGUAAAUGUAGAAGUUGAGUGAGGUUCACCGUUCAUGUUUAUGCGUGGCCUUUCAUGCAUUGCCUCUGUUUUAUUAACACACAUAAAAUUUAUGUGUGUAUGCAUGUAAAAGAAUCACAACAUUGGAAAUCCACCCUAACAGUGAUGUGAAGUGAUGUUAUCCUUUUUACGUUUGUAGAAACAAAUACACCAAGGGUGAGUUCAUUAGCAGUGUGUCAUCAUGGAGCCCCUUUGCUACCACCAGUGAAAAGAAGGAUUCCAGGAAAUAUUGGUAAUAGUUUUGUGUCAUUUAUUUACUUUUUUCAUUUUGUAAGUGUUGGAGUUUGACCAGCCUGCAGUUAUAUAGAGCUGCUUCUCAUUGCUUCCCACCAUGUUGUGGUUUUUUUGUGAGAGAGACAUUUGCCUUUUGGCUUCACAGAUUCCAUUCUGAUUAUGUUAAUAUUUUUUAUUUUGGAUAAUUAAUGCAGUAGUGGUUCCUCUCAUGUUGCCAAGCCUCUUCCCUAAGAAAAAUUAAUUGUUUCUCCUUAUUGAUUGUCAUAAAUUUGGGAACUGUUCUGUGGGGAAUUUGGCACCAUCUAGCCAAAUGUGAAUAAUAACAUGCAUAUUGCUUGUAAACAGUGUAGUUUCUUGGUAGAAUUAGCCUACAGGAAAUAAAAUUUAUCUUUGAGACCUUCUGCCUUAACUGGCAUUUGUAAACAAUAGCUAAAAGGACCAUUUAUAAUUAAUAUCUCUUUCACCAAUCAGAACUCCAGACCAGAUUCUGGACAGAUUAACACUAUCAGUAUGGGAUUUUCUGGGGCAAAAUGUAGACAACUCAAAGAUUCUCUCUCUUAAAAUGACUGUUGUUCCAGUGAUAAUCAAGAAGCGGCAGUAUUUGUAGGCUAAGCUUUCAUUGACAUGGAUGCACUUACUCCCUCGUGAAAUUUCUAUUUUUUUUAGGUCAAGUGCUUUGCAGCAGAGAGCUAAGUGGAACAUCCAGCAUCAGAAAUGUUGCUCAGCCAAAUCUUUACACAAAAUUGUCCAUGGUAUUUUUACAUUUUUAUGUAUUACCUUCACCUUGAUUCUUAAAACAUCUAUCUCAUUACUUCACUACUACUGGAAGAGGCCUGUUGAAAUUAUGAACAGUAUGGAUUGAAAGAGUAUUUUUCUUGGAGUCUUUUUUCUGUUUCUUUUUCGCCACUUAUCUUUCCCUGAACCCAACUUUACAAAUGAAACUCAAAAAUAGCAUACAACAUGUUGGUUCAGUAAAAGGGUAGGUAGGCAGUUUUGCAGUAUACUUACAGGAAUUACAGGUAUAUGUCAGAGAGUUUUGAAUUACCGUUACAUGUUUGGGUACAUGUAGGCAUCUCAUAUUGCCAUCUUUUAAUCAAGAAUCAGAGGAAUAACCCACUAAAGAGUAGCCAGCCAAGAGCAGAUUUGGGUGUUCUGGGUGUUGGCUAUUUUUGAGAACACCACAGGUGUAACCCUGUUUUUUUUUCAUCAGCAUCGAAGAAUCCUGGGCCAUUUGUCAGCUGUUUACUGUGUUCUGUUUGACAGAAGUGGAGAAUGCAUUAUUACGGUGGGUAGUUGUUUUCUUUUUCUUGUUUUUUCUAUUUUGUAACAAAUUGAUUGAAAAAAUGCAAACAGAUGCAACUAAAACCAGCUAAAGUCCUACUCCAGAGAAAAACUGUAAAAGGAGUUGAAACUUUGAAAUCAUGCUGUCGAGACCCAAAAAGAUGCCUGAAGUCCAUAAUAGCACAAGUUCCAUAAUAAAAGGAGUUUAUUUCUGGCAAACUUUUGUUAGUUUUUCAAGGGAUUCAGUUUAUAUAGACUGGGUGUCCAUAAUACUAGUGGGUGUUGACAAAGCAAGAGUUGGUUGUAUUGAGCGUAGAGAACUGAAGUCUUUUUUUCUCAUACAAUUUACCUCCAUCAGUGACCACACCCUUUAUAAGUUGCGAUAAUCAUGUCCAAAAACAAUUUUUGCUAUUUUCACCAUUGCUUGCAUUUCUGGAUAUGUGUAUCAUCAACAACCUUUUUUUUAAAGAAGGUAAGAACCGAUAUUGUCUGUAAAAGCAACUUAUUGUAUAAGAGCUACACAUGUAUGCUCUUCUGGACAAAUCUAGGUUCUUAUUAACACUGUUCUUUCGAAAUGAUUUGAUGUUAUUGUUUAAUAGGGAGCUGAUGACAGCUUGGUGAAGAUUUGGUCCAGUGAGGAUGGGCGUCUUCUUGCAACUUUGCGAGGGCAUCAGGCUGAGAUCUCUGAUAUUGCAGUUAAUUAUGAAAACAAUUUAAUAGCUGCUGGAAGCUGUGACAAGGUGUGGAGUCAAAUACAGCAGUUGUAGUUAAAUUUUGUCAGAGUUGAAGGUGUAUAAACUAAUGGUUGAAUUCCAUAAUUUUUGGCCCAGUUUGGGUCAGAUUCCUACAGACAGAAAGAUCAGUCCGAUUAUUGUGUUGUCGACAUUGUACAUGUAUAUAUUACAGGUCAAAAUUAUACAGUUGUAUUUGGGUGAAGAGUUUUUUAAUUUACAGCUUUAGGUUGAUUCUCAAUUUUCUUUGUCUCCUAGCCCUAAUUCACGAUUAACAUUAUAGACUUAUGUAUAAUAAUGGUGUUGGGCCAUUAUCAUGCUGACAAAUAAAUCAACUGAGUCUUGUUAACUGGCUUAACAAGGCAGUUGUGGGCAGUUAGAAAUCAAGCAAAAGCAAUUAUUGUCCAUGGAUUUGUGACAUCCCUGGCAGUACAAAUUUGAGUUUUCAAAUUAUGUAGGGAACAAUAAAUUGCUGACCAUGGGAGAAACCUGGCAUGGUUACGUGUAGGAAACAGUACAAAGUACCCAAUCCCUGAUAUUGGCAACAUAAUUAUGGAAACCAGGCUUUAGCGGGCAGUUCAUGACCAUGUAAUUUUGAGUUCUCCUAUUAUUGUUAGUAAUACACUGUAAUUCAUUUGCUUGUCCCCUUUUACAGGUGAUUCGGGUGUGGUCUUUAAAAUCCACCCAGCCUAUAGCAGUGCUGCAGGGUCACACAGGCAUGAUAACCUCUCUCCAGGUACUGAAUAUCAAUGCUUUAUACCGAUUUGAGUGUGACAUUAUAUAUUUGUGUGCAUAGUAAUUUAUUGACUGUCACUUUGUUUGUUUGUUUUUGUCAACAGUUCUGUCCAUCCCCAUUAAAUGAAUCCAGGUAAUGAUUACAAGUAUUAAUAACAUAUUUUAUUAAUUAUAAUAAUAAUUCAUUAUUUAUAUUGCACAAGUUACAUGUGCAUAUGAUCAAUGCUUAUCACAUUAUAAAAGCAUAUUUACUAACAAAAAGCUAUAAAAAGUUAAAACUACAUGAUUAAAAAUUUACAAACCAUCUAUUGGCCCUAAUGAAAAGCUCUUUUAAAAUUUGUGUCUUAAGCAAUAUUUUAUAAGGAUUAAAAUUUUCCUCAUUACGAAAAUUAAUGGGCAAGCUGUUCCACAGUUUUGGUGCAGUAGCCAAGAAGGCACACUCGCCCAAUUUUAGCAGUAGCCGUUGGAGAGAAUGUAUGAGAACUGCUAAAAUUGGGCCUGAUCUCAGGUUAGCCAAGUGUCAUAUGAGUGACAACCCUUUGUGCUUGUAGGAGGAGUCCUUUGUUUGACCUCAAGUUUUACCCUCCACUUUCCUUGAUAUUAAUAAGUUCACAAAUGUAACUUGCAGCAAGCCCAUAAAGUUGAAGUUUUGUUAUAUAUAUGGACAGAAGACCAUGUAGAAUACUGUUGCAAUCAUCAAUACAUCCUAUUACCAAUGUUUGUGUUGCUUAGGUACUUAAUUAUUUUCUUAUAUGCCUGGCAUUUGUGAGAUGGUAGUAUGGAGCUUUAUUAGAAAUUUAAAAUACAGCGUAUUAAUAAAAUAAUUUUUUUUAUUGUUUAGAUGUUUGUAAAAUUGUUUAAUUCUCAUUUAACACAACUUCAUUUAUAUUAAUUAUUAGGCAAACCGGCCAACUUCUAUUUAUCUUGUGGUACAUUGCAGUGCUCAAGCCACUCAGAAAACUGACACAUGUCAAUUUAUUAGAAUAUAAUUAUUACAAUGACUGCAUGCUUUGUCCUUUCUUAGAUAUUUGGUCUCUACUGGUGGUGAUGGAACAGUUUGUUUUUGGAAGUGGGAUUUAUCCACGCUUAAAUUUGAGUGAGUACAUAUUCAUUUAUACAGCAUAAUUUAUUAGUACUUAAGACAGCAAGUAAAAUAUUACAUGUGAGUACGCGAUAUACAUGUAUAUACACAACAACUGAACGUCUCUCUUAAUGUAAAAAAUGAAAUCAAUGAAAGCAAUGUGGAUUUCACCCUUUGCCUUGGAAAAUAGUUUUGUUUCUGAAUAACAUAACUCUAAUACUGUACAAGGUUUACGUUUGGUUUUAUUUUUGUACUAAAACAGUGUCAACUUUUUUACUUCAGACCCAAGCCCAUCAGGUUUAUUGAGAAGUCACGUCCUGGUACCCAGAUGGUGUGCUCAUCUUUCAGUCCAGGUCAGAAAAAAAAUCUGCAAUAAGGCGGAGUACAUGUAUGCUAGCAUUAGCUUUCAGCUGGUGUGUGUAUUAGAUCUGACAACUGUAUAAAUUUUGCACACUUGAACCUUAGUAUGAGGCUUAAACAACUGCAUUUGUGGUGCUUACGAUGUAUUCUGGUUUCAGUGGCAUGACGCAACUUGGGAUCUAGCACUCUCCCCUGGUCAGGAUGCAGGUCUAAUCUUAAGGACACCCCAGUAGUACAUGUUUGUGAACAGUGCCCAUUUUACACGUGGGUGGAGAAAACAUGAUACCCAAAAAUAAUGAUGCUAGUACCAAUAAUAUACAUGUACACUUGGGUGAGGAAAGGCACUAUAACAGUAUUAAACUCCAUUUAAGUUCCUUGUCUGACAAAACAAGGUGACACAAAACCUUGCAUCUAACUCUGCAGCUUAGCCCGGCCACCCAAAAAAAAGAUGACUAGCAAAUCAAAGUCUGAAAAUGGCUUGAAGAUAGAAAUUAAGAUUAACCUGCAAUAAAUUGAGUUAUAGUGCAUUGUAAAGGUAACUUGGUAACUAUAAGGAGAUUCAAAAGGUCAGACACAUAGCAUGUACUUGGGCUUUGCUCUGAAAAGAAAAGUCUGAUGCACUCAAAAAGUAGGCUAUUUAAAUCUUAUCUCCAUGGUGGAAGGUGGCUUCUUUUUAACAGGAACUUACUCGAGUUUAUUUUAACAAACUCCUUCAUUGAUUCAGCAGUGCACAGAUUUUUCAGUGAUAUGAAUUGAAUUAAAAUGCAGCUGUAAACCUCUUUAGAAUAAAAUUUAAUAAUUAAUUGACUUGGCUUGAUAAUGUACAUUGUACAUGUGGUACUGGUACAGUUUAUCUGACAGUACCUUUUAUAGAAUGUAAAUUGUUCUGAUUUACAGGAGGGAGUUUCUUAGUGUCAGGCAGCACUGAUCAUAUUAUCAGAAUCUACCAGAUGACCCCAGGACCCCCUGAAAGAAUUGCUGAGUUAGAUGUCCAUAAUGUAAGUAGACUUGUUUUGAUGUGUUUGCUCCCUCUACAUGUACAGUGUGUAGCUCCAAGUGACCUGUUCGUAAUAAUGAACCUGUCCUCAUCUCGUAACUGUGCAUAAUGCUUUCUGGGUGCAGUGUAUGAGCACCCCAGGCCUAAGGAAAGAUAACCAUGUACCCUUUAGUGAGAUGCUUCAGGCACUGUGCUAAAAGGGGUAGUUUCUUGGUGUUGUAGACAGUUGCGGUUAGCAAAUGAUGUCAUGCAAAAGAUUGAAAAGACAUGGAGCAAUACCAACAACAAAAAACAAUAGCAAACAAACAAUAGUUCUUGAAAAACCAAGAAAUAUUCUAAAAGGGAGACUCCAAUUGAGCAUCAAGUUCAUACCUGUGUACCUGCUGUGUACAUGUAGAAUGCCUUGCAGUUUGACAGGUUCACUGGUGUUGAGGUGAAUGCCAUGCUGGAGGAAAAUGGGAUUCAAAAUGGUCAUAAAUUAAUGAGUUUUUAUUUUUUCAUCAAAAGCAUUUUUAAAAAUCUACAUGGAAUGUUGUCAAUAUCUCUUAAACUAUUGGAGACAUUUUUAGCAUUCCUUUUCCUCAAACAAGGCUGUGCUCAAGCAGAGUCUGGUGCUGCUGGGCACUCUAGAUUUUACAGGUUCAGAGCAUAUGGGCCACCUUCAAUUUUCCUCAGUUCACAGUCUUGUCAAAUGAAUUCCUUUGUUUUCAGAUUGUAGUUCCGUCCUUGACUAAAAAAAGCCAUUUUUGUGACAUCAUCAAUAAUUAUUAUUCUGAUAUAACAAACAUGAAAUUUGAGAAUUUCUCAAUUUACAGCCUGUAGAUUAGUUUUGAAAAUAAUGUUUUCACUCUUUUGUCUUUUAGGAUCAUGUGGAUAGUAUCCAAUUUAGCCACAAGGGAGACAGGUAUUAAUUUAGUUAAUGUAAAUGAGAAGUACCGGGUUGUCCACCCAGCUACUCUGAACUUGACUUCCUGGCGAUAUGUAACUUCCAGAGGAAAACAGACAAAAAAGACAUCAACAAUGCCUAAGUGUUGUUUGCACGGCAACUUGAAAUCUUAGUGACAGUUGUGUAGUACUACACUGUGAACUAUUAUUAUCUUGACACCAGUUUUCUUGGAAAUUUGAGAGAAACAGAAGGGAGCAAACUUUAAGGUUUUUGUCCUCCAUCCUGACAGCCUCAAAAAAUACAUUUAUGCAACAUGGACUUGCAUAUUAUUGAUAGAAACUAAUAAUAUACAAGUCUUUUUUAUUCUUACUAGUUUUUUUCGUUUUAUUUUAUUGUAAAUUAGGUUCCUCAGUGGUUCAAGAGAUGGCACUGCAAGGAUCUGGUAUUUUCACAGAUCUGUAUGGAAACAUAUUUUGGUUGAUGUCGGCAAACGACUUCCAGGGUAAGAAUGUUGUUACCAUGUUUGAUGGUGUUCAACAAAGGGUAGCAUAAUUAAAGAUAGCAUUUACAUAUAAUAAUUAUUGCUUGUUUGUGUUUCACUGCAGUGCCUUUUCAUUUACACAUUUUAUUCUGUGUAUACAUAUAAAAAUUUAGUAGCUGUCAUUUGAAAUGCAAAUUAAAAGUCUUUAGUGAUAGCAAGGAUUUUAAUACUGUCACCUUAUAUUUCAUUUUUUGGCUGUAUUUUCAACUCUUUGUUUCAGUUCACCAUUAGUAGAGGAAUCUGUUAGAGCUCUAAAACCAAGAGUGACCAUGGUGAGAUUUUUGCAAGUUUUUGCAAAUAACGUUGGAAUUUUUUCUUUGGUGAUCACGCUGAGGGUGACUUGGUGGUAAAGCACCAAAAAAAUUACUUGUAUGUCAUGGUUAAUUUAAUUGAUUUCUAAUGAAGAAAGAAUGUUGUUGAGAAUUAAUUUUGAAUAUUUUAACUGUCCUGAAAGGUUGGUUGGGAUCUUUGGGACCAGCAUGUUAUCACUGCUGUUAAUGACAACACUUUGAAGGUUUGGGAAGCUGCUACCGGAAAUCUCUCACUUGUACUUUCUGUAAGUGUUAUUGUUGUUCACUUCUUUAUUAUAAGCAUAAGAAAAAAACAGAAACAAGUUCAGGAGAUUGUUGUGCUAUGUGAGGAUGUACAUGUUUUGGGUUUUAAAUGGGACUUAAAGGUGAUUUACCAGGGUUGUCAGAAAUUUUUGAAGUAGAUAGCUGAGUUGUCAAAGUAAGCGGCCAGUCCAGGAUAUUUUAUUUAAAAAAUGCCAUCCUCAAAGAAAUGUCAAGUAGAGUAGCCAGCCAAUACUAACCAAGUAGGCAGUGAUUUUCACCGACAGCUGGCUACUUUUGGCAACCCUGUAUGUACAUUCCUUAUCUCUCAGAGUGAAAAAUCAGAGGCUGCACGGUGUAAAGUACCUGUAGGUCUGUUUUUGGAAUAAGAAAACAAACCUAUUUUGACACCGCUCAAAUGAAAAUGAUUACCGAUUUUCAGGACUUGGCUCCAACAGCAGCUCGGUGCAACUUACCUUUUGCCUUAGGAGAGAAGGAAAAGUAGUCUUGUCACAACUUAUAAAGUGGGUGCCCUGGAUUUCAAUGACAGAUCACUUUGGCUCCCUUCCUUCUGUUCUGUAAAUGCAUGUUUCUGUAAAAGUGAAUGACUGAUCAUGAUCUUACCAUGGAGACUUGGUGUGAUAAUGAAGGGCUGGGCCGUUCAAGUGAUGUGGUCCAAUAGUGAAUACCCACUGUAUGUGGGCUGCUGUAUCAAGUCAAACUGGUUGAGGCAUCUAGAGUUAUUUUCCGAGUAAAGCAAUGGGUAGAAAAUACUGUAAUGAGUAAGUGCAGUGACGUACCUGGUCUUUAUCUACAGGGUCACCAAGAUGAAGUGUUUGUUUUAGAGGCUCACCCAACAGAUCCUCGCAUACUUCUUAGUGCAGGUGCAGUUCAUUACUUAAUUAUUAUACCGAGUUUUCCUUAAGCCAAUGCAAAAUGAUCCAACAAUGUUGUACAAUGUUGGAUCUUUUACAAAUGUAGUUUUACAAAUACACCUAAAAGUAACUUGAGGGUAUUUACAAUAAUAUGACAAACCUUAAGUUUUCUUUAUCACAAUAUGAGAUAGUGAAUAUUGUCUGCUUGUGGAAAAAUUAUUCCAACUUUUUUGUGACAAGAUGAAAGUGAUAUGAGACUGAGCCAGGAAUAAAAGUUAUUGUUAUAACCCUUAUCUUGGAAAGUCAGUUAUACACUAAUCCCUUAAGCCAGUUUUACUCACAGAGAGCCAAGGCAUUAACCAAUCCUCAUCUCUUGACUUAAACCUUUCUACAUGCUUUUUCCUUCUUUGCCUCCCCUAAACUUGUCGUACUUACUGAACCGUUUCCAUCAAUAACUUGCUUUAAUUUGUUUUCCGCUUAGGUCAUGAUGGAUAUGUCAUAUUAUGGGAUCUGAGAAUUGGAGAGAAAAUAACGAGCUUUUACAAUUCAGUAAGUUGGCACUGCUCUGUUUCUUCUUUUCAUUGUUAUGGCUGCACUAUACAUUGUAGCAGCACCUGGUGUAGACUGUGAACGGUCAUUUCCCAAGAGCUAUGCGCGGUGAGCGAAAAGGCUUGCCUUCUACGUGUCUCAAAAGAAAAAUAAGAGACUGCUCACAAUCUACACCUGGGUUACCGAUACUAAGAAUCUUAAUGUUUGCAUAAUAAUAUUAUAAAUUCUAUGCUAGGCUCUCUGGAUUCCAAAGGCUGAGAGCUUCCAAGUGAAUAUCCCUGGUUCUUGGCAACAAAAAUGUAUUUAAAAAAAAUCUAUUGGCAGGCUAAACUUUGAGUAUUCCCUCAUUUUCCUCCGGGAUAGUAGAGUGAGUGGGUGUAAAAACUAUCGCCAUUGAGAAAGGUGAGGAUUCACACAUACGCUUGAGGAGGGUCGUACAGGGGGGGUCUCUCGCACGGUUCACGAACAGGAAAAACAGCGAAUCACGGAUCACGGCUAUCAAAAUUUCAUUUUCCCGAAUCACGAAAAUAAAGGUACUCGUUUUAAUAACCUUCUCUUACGGUAGAAAGAGUGUUUGAAGAAAGCAAAAUCGUUGAAGGCUAAGUAAAGGCUGCUUAUCGGAAAUCACAUACCUAAAUCACUCUCGUUGGACGACUCUGACCAUUCGUCCACUUCGCUUUGUAACUGCCCGAAGAAACAACAAAUCGUCUAAAGAAUCUACCUCGUAAUUGUCAGCAAUAGGAUAUUCAGCGUCUGAGUCAGUGUCAUACUCUUCCUCCUCUUCUACCUCGGUUUCGUCUACUACUUGAACAUCUUCAAUGGCCUCGUGCGAUGUAGAAGGCGUAACAGUCGUAACGGUCGUAGCAGAAGUAACAGUCUCCUCUCCGACAGUGUUAGGGCUGAAUGAGACUUUAUCUUUAAGAUAGUCUGAUGUUCUGUUCCUUUCCAAGAAAAUUAAGCGAGCCGACAGACUUUGGGUCAACAUAAAAUACAAUACAUUCGACCCUCAUCCUACUAUACGUAGUCGUCUUAAAAUAAGUCUUCCGGAGCACUCGCAUCUCAAAAUCACGCCAAAUAGAGUGGUGAAAUCACGAAUAUCGGUUAAUAAUUCAAGUUCUUCACGGGUCACGCAAAACUUCAGAUCCCGGAUCACGAAGAAUAAUUUAUUAAAUUCACGUUUCACGGAAAAUAAAAUCAGCCAAUCCCGCAUCACGGGAAUACCCCUGUACGACCCUCCUUGAGUACAGUAUUAGCCUCCCCUAGUAUCCCUGAGGAGAAUGAGGAACUGCUUGUUGUCUAGCAGCGGGUAAAUUAUAAAUUUUUCUUCAAAAAUUUUAUUCGGCACUAGCAACCUCCAAUAUUCUAAUUUUUGUUACCAGUAAUUGUUUUUGCUAAUAUUCAAGUUACGUCACUUUCUGGAAUAACUUCUCAAUAGAUCGAGAACAACUGUUAGCAAUCCAACUUAUCUAUUAUCCCACUGUUAUAUUUUUUAUUGUAAUUUUCGUUGUCUUGUUUGAUAGCUUGAAGGCCAAGGUCAUGGAGCUGUGUUUGAUUGCAAGUUUUCAUCUGAUGGCCUGAAGUUUGCAUGUACAGAUAGUCAUGGACAUCUUUGUAUCUUUGGAUAUGGCUCAAGUGACCGAUACAGUCGCGUAAGUACCCUUGUACUAUUUAUUAGUACAUGUACCUACAAGAAUCUGCCUUUUACUUCUGUGUGGUUCACAUGCGGGCUAACUCCUCUGACUAAUACAGGUUAUUACUUCUUUUACUCGUUCGAAAAUUCACUCUAAUGAAUUUCAACUUUUGGAUCUUUUUACAUUUUUUUUUAUUUCAUCAUUUCAGUUCAUAAAUCUUAUCUUUGUGUCUCUCCACCUUACAGCAUGAUGAAAAGUCCAUAAGUUAUGUCUGUUUAAGGGAUUUGUUUGUCUUAACAGAGCUAGCCAAAGUGUUUACAUGUAGAAAAGUUUGCUUGGCUGUUUUGAUAGACUUGAUUGUAUUGCAUCUACAUGUACUGCAUGUAGCAUAGCUUUUAUUUCCCCAAACCGUUUGCUCUGUUAUUUCUGGGCAUUCAACUUCACAAAGGCACACGAAACAUGUUUGAAAGCUUUUAAUUAAACCAGUUUGAACAAAAAAAAGUUCCCCAGUUUGGUGCAAAAUGUUGAUUUCAUUUGCGCCUGUUCAACAUUGUUCCAAUGUCUGUUUUUUAUUUUUUAUAACCUGGUUUAAUUAAACAUGUUUAAACUGUGUUCAUCAAAGGGUAACGCCAAAAACUCGAGUAUGCGUAAUUAUUAGAAGGCGUAAUUGUCAUGGUGCAAGGUCACAUCCCGACUAAGACACAGUGUUUGUUAUUCUCUGACAGGUUCCGAGUGAGCAGUUUUUCCACACAGACUACAGACCUCUCAUAAGAGACUCCAAUAACUAUGUUCUGGACGAGCAGGUACUGUUUAUACAUGUACUGUGCUGGUGAUUAUUUCUUCGCGCAAAGCAUGAUAGUUUUGUUGAGCUUGUAACAGUUAUGAGAAUAAACGCCUCCUUUCUCUAAAACGCCCCCUUUUGGCUCCCUAAAAUUAAAAAAAAAAACUCGACUGGUGUCUAUAAGAUCAUUUACAUCUGUAUGUCCGUAAUUCACCACUUUUUUUUACAAAGUGGACUUUUUAGAUAAAAAAAAACGUUCUCAUAAGAUCAUUUACAGCUUUGUUUUUAGUUAAAUUGUCAGACGCAGACAGACCCACACCUUAUGCCGCCUCCUUUCUUGGUUGAUGUGGAUGGUAACCCCCACCCUAUCCAUUUCCAACGCUUGGUACCAGGCCAUGGCAGUAAUGUGCGCGGUCCACCCAGGCCAGCACCUCAGCCACCCCCCACCCCUAGAGAAGAUGUACCACCUCUUCUGGCUGAAAUAGAAGCUGCUGAAGCAGCUGAGGCUCAGGGCAGACUCCCCCUACCAGGUUUGUCGCUCAAGACUAUUUUUGUCUAUAUCCAUUGCACAAAUGUGGAGUAGCUGCGAGGAGCUGAAUUUUUUCAAUAUUUUGCAACUGAUCCACAUAUUUGUGCAAUGGAUAGUUCCAGGUCCUCAAGCGCUGUUCCUACUAUAAAAGAAUUAUCACAUAUGUGUGGUUAAUAAGCGUUACGAAGUUCUAAAUUUCGGAAACUUCAUAAGAUGUCCAAAGUGGUUUAGCCCUAUCGCGUGUUAGUAGUAGACACAGCCCCGCCCAAGUAUUAAACAAUCCUGGUUACUCCAAAUCUUCCUGGCUGAUGCAUUACCAUCAAUUGGAGUAUGCGCGCGAGAUAUUGUCUUUUUUGUGUCAAAGGUGUGUUUUCGGGUGGAGGGAGAAGCUUUGUGCAAAGUGAUGGCGUAUCCCCCAUCCCCGCUCCUAGAACAGUCCCACAAUGCUGUUCAAACCAACACCAAGCUGCAGUUGUCUAAUAUCUAAUUGCAUCUCUCCAAUAUUUUCGCAGCUCUUCAGUCCCCACCUCCCCAUGGCCAGGGCCCAGUACCUCCUCUGCAGAGCCCGGGGGGAAGUCGUAACCAAGGCAUGCGGCAGAUGGGGGAUGUUGAAGGAGUGCGAUUGGUGCACGGUAACAUACCUGUCAUUCAGGAUGUAUCUGAUGCUGAUAUUUCUGCCUGGAGAAAUAGAAGAAUUGUGCCUCCUAGGAAACCCAGUGUUGCUAAGUAAGUACUUAUGGAGUACAUUAAGUUUGUGGCUGCAUUUUAUAUUAGGACUGAAUUGUAAGCAUUCUUUUCGACAGGCAAUCACCCCAAAUGCCAAGAUUUGGAGGUUGUUUGCGAGAAAUUCCAAUCAGAGUCAUUUGACUGGAAAAACGGAUUAUGGCGUGUGAGGUGUCACUGAGCACUUCGAGGUUUCGAAAUACUUCUUAUUACUGCACUCACCCAACCUUGAUUAAAAAAUCCUCUCGUUCUCCUGGAUUUUUUUUUUCAAACACUUUUGGCGGAACGACGCUUAUCGUAAACUCAGGAAACCAUAACCAUGAGAAGUGUGCUACUAAUAAGAAAUUCCCGAACAGACACGUAUAAUUCGAUAACAGGUGGCAUGACUUUGUAACAUGUUCUGUAAUUCGUCGGGGGAGGACAUGGCCUUCAAUCUUUAUUUAAUUUAAUUUAAUUUUCUUACUCCAAGGUGUGGUGAAGAAAGACGCCUGCUGUUGGGUAGAGAAGAAAUGCUGCACUAUCUCAGAGAAAAGAAAAGACGCGCUCUGCCAUCAACAUCAAAGAGGGUAAGAACUAGUAGCCAAAAUUGUCAUUACAUGGAUCAUUCAACCGCACUGAAAAAAGAAUUGGGUGACGUACGCGCCAAAUCAAGACAGAACUAGUAACUUGUUAGCUAGGACCUGCGGUUUCAUCCUUUAGAUUUCGGCUACGGACCCGAAAAGUUAUUUGGCCUUUGAGAAACGGUUCCCCAAAUAGAAUCUUUCUUCCAAUAUGAGUCAUUGGUACUUCUUUUUUUCGAGGACAAAUUUUGUUUCUCCCAAGUAGGCUUCCCCUGAAUGAUGAUGUGACUUUAUUCAACAGAUAACAGUUCAAGUGCCAGAAACACGUCCUGUGGAAGAAAGGCCUCAUCAAGCUGCUCGCCGCACCUCAAACCGGCGGACGGCAGGACAGCACUCGCGUGGAACACGGCGGCCUGCUUACUCCACCAGGGCUGCCGCUGCUUUAGAUGUGGAGGAAUCGGCUGAAGAAGAGGCAGCAGCCACGCCCAGUGACACUGAAGAGGAGGAUGACGAGGAAGAGUGGUCUGAAAGUAGCAGGUGAGUUUGGAGAAGAUACGGGCUCAAAAACUGAACCUGUGCACUUGCGGCUAUUUAGCCCUUUAAGAACAGGAUGGUCAGGAUCUGAUUUCUCUUUUCAAUGCCCCCACACGCCACCCCCCAACCCCCCGGCACCCCCCGUCCACUGCCCCCCACUUUUUAGGAUUAACCACACAUAAAGAUCACGAAAAUUAGUAGUCUCCAAGGUACAUAACUACGAUCAAGCCAUUCCUCCAACAACAACCAAAAUGCCCUGAUCGCAGGUUACUUACGCAGCCGUUCAUUUUUUGCGUUACACAACGGUCCUUGCCACUUCGCGUGAAGAGACACAAAGAACAGCGGUGUAGUAGACCUUUCCUCGUCGAUGUUAAUAGCAUUAUAAAAAGAACAGUGUUGAGCAAGUUGUAACGAAAGUUAUUCCAAUGAAAGUUGCUGAGUAGUACGUUACUGAGUGUAUUCUGUGGUGCAAUUCAAAGCAGGUCCUAACUUAAGUUCCUAUAAUGCCCAAACAGACAUCAAUGUGCGUUUUUCUUUCAUUAAUAUGUAGUGAAUCAAGCGAAUAUUCGGACUGGACCGAAGAAGUAGGUUUAAGAACGCAACAGCAGACGGAAAAUCGCCGGCCACGUCGGGUGUGUAGAGUGCUGAGUACAUCUGAAGAGGAAGGAGCAGAACCGUCAUCGGCGACAGCAGCUCAGCCAGGACCGAGCUCACCUCAGCGCCAGUCCAAAGCCAAGAAGGAAAGCAAAAAAAGCAAAAAACCCACCAAGAAGAAACGAGUACGUAACGCCGUUGUCAUCCAUCUUCUUUGCGUUUUAAGAGUAUCAACUUAACCGUAGUUCUCUUAGACUGCGAGCGAUCUCUCUUUUUCCUCAGAUUUAGUGAGGGGAGUGCACACGCACGCGCGUGGUCAUUUGCGUGUCUCGCCGGUUUUGCUCGAUGGACCAAGAAAAACAAGAGACUGCUUGUAGUCUACAUUUUUCUAGGUCAUCAACUUCUUUUUUUGCUCGGUGCAAUAUUGUGAUAACUGAACGAAUGUCGGUGCGUCCAAAUCUUACGUAAAGCUAUAAAGCUUUAUUUUUGCAGAAAAAUAAGCAUGAAAAUUCCUUUGCUAACCGAAACCCAUAUAGAUUAUCAUGUGGCUUUUUUGCCGCAAUUUAACUGCGACUGCAGACGCCUUUCUGCUGCAGUAGGUGAAGCUUCCAGUAGCGCACGAAAGUCCCGUUUUCUCGGACGAAAAAACGACUGCAUUUUCUUAAGUCUUAACUAACCUGCUUGAAUAUUGAAAAAGCAUAACUUAUGGGUGGAACACCCACCUACAUGUAUCAUACAGAGAAUCAUAACUGGGGUGGGAGUGCAAAACGGUUCUAAGGUUAUGACUUAAAGCUAAGAACAUUAUGCUCUGGCUUGCUAACAAUUCUUGGUUUCUUGUUUUCAGCCAUCAAAGAAGCCUAAAGUGGAUGAAGUACAGGAACUACUUACUUUGUACCAACCACCUGAUUGGCUGACGUGUACAGUCAAUCGUAUAUCACCUUAUGUGCCGCAAUUAGGAGAUGAGGUAAACUUCAUUCUUGCUCCUCUAUCAGAUAAAGUGGUUUUCAAUUCGCCACUUCGCCGGUCAGCUAUUGGCCAAUUUUUUUUUUUCUCUUUUCCUAGUAAUAAUCCCAGAAGUCUUUGCAAAAGUUAACUCGGCCCAGUUCCCCUCUCGUAUAUUUGACCAAUCAAGAAAGGAGACUUUUGUUUGGUUGGCUAGUGUUCAGUCUCCUUACCGCGCUCAAAUGAGUAAACAAAGGUGGCUGCUUUCCGAAACAUUGUUGUGGCAGGAUCGCCAUCUUUGGUUGCUGUUAUGUGUCUACAAAAAGAGCUUUAUCGACCGAAAAAUUGCCGUAAGCGAUUUGAAACAUGCUUGUCUGUCAUCACCUUGAGUUUCUUGUCAUGUUAACGUCCUUUACUUGGCUUACCGACGACCUGUUGCAGGAUGAUCCUCCUUUGAAGUUCGAGUUAUCAAUUUAAGCCGCUCAAAAUUACGUGUUCUGCGAAAAGUACGAAAGCGCAAAAAGGUGGAACUUUUCGCGCCUGCGCAGACAAAAGUCUCUUGUUUGACCAAUCACAACAGACAAACAAAUCAAUGAACUGGUGAGACCUCAAAGUGGAAGUGUGAAGCCAACUGUUUGGGCGGGAAAGCGCGGGUGGAAUAUUCAUUUUGCUUGUGAUUUGCUUGUGAUUUUGCUUGUGAUUGGUUCAAAGACCUUGAAAUAUUAAACCACAAACAAUGAUAUUACUUUCAUGACAACGGUGGGGCAUUUUUAACUUUACUUUCCUUUGUUGUUUUUUCAGGUGUAUUAUCUUCGUCAAGGCCACGAACUUUACGUCAAAGAGGUUAUGGCUACAAAGUGUUACGAUAUCAACCCUAAGAAGCAAUGUUACUACAAACUUAGACUAAAGGUGUGUCAGUGCGGCUUCUUUUUUGCGACUUCUACUCUCGAGCAAUCGUUAUCUUUAAUUAAUUAAUUAAUUUAUUUAUUGUCCUGUUGACUUGUAUAUUUUCCUAUUUAUUUAUUGUUUUCGUGUGUUAAACAGGCUGAAGAACUGUGCCGGAUUGUCAGUUUACAUUACUCAGCCGGCCCACCAACCUUGUGCUGCUUAAAGCUUGGUAAUAUUAACUAUAUUCUACUACUAUGCUCCACCUUGUUUUAGUCAGUAUGUGACCCAUGUCUAACAAGUGUCAAGGAACUGGAAAAAUGACUCCGUUAUCAAGAGCGCCAACUGCCUUGAUUGGCUGAUUACGUGACCGAAAAAGGAAUCUCGAUUUAGGGAAGAGGAUUUAGAAGUCUUGCUUCACUAGAGUUUUCUCGGGAAUCUAAUAAAUUAUUCCGCUUACCCAGCGUUGAUGUUUAGUCGUCAUCUGCCAAAACUUAUCACAGUAACUGGAAAGUAGUUUGGAGACAAAGGGCAACUUCAGGGUACGUUACGCUCUAUAAUUUGCUGAUAGAAAGAAAGCCGAAAAAAAAUGGUUAACUGGUUGUUGCUAUAAUUGCUAUGGAGAUUUGCUGGCGGAGAUUUGGGAGAUCUUUUCUAAAACUACAGCUUGUAAUCGUGGACAUAGUAUUUGACCACACGUCUUUUCCGGCGAUUGGCUGAGGCGACAUGUAUUUUCUCUGAAAUCUGAUUGGUUCAUUUGUGUCUCCGCAUGUUGUGAUUGGCUAGAGAAUUUACUUUGGCUUUGAUUCUACAACACUCAAUUGAGAACCGCUAAAUGUUAAUUUGUUUUAUUUUUCACAGCGUUAAUAAAUCCCGAAACCGGAAGCAGUACUGGAGCAACAUUCACUGUAAAGUAAGUUUCAAUGCAUGCCAGCAAAAACUUCUGGCGUGGACCGGGCUGAAGCGGGCGCGCGUUGCGACUUUGUGAGUCUUUUUUAUAAAACUGGCCGUCUUGUCGGCACACAAACAUAUUAAGCACCUUCUUGUCCUUUUAAUUGGAACCGUAAUGACAAAGUGAGACUCUGUUUCCUUUUAGGAGUUCCCCCAGGAGGACAAUGUCAAAGAUAUGACCAAAGUCUUAUAAUGACACCUUUUGAUAUUAGAUGCAGUUAAUGUAGUUUCUUUUAUUGAUACUCAGCUCCAAUAUAUAUUCCUUUGAUUUUGUGUUCAUUGCCAGAUAUCAUGAUAUGCCAGACGUGUUAGAUUUCCUCAUAUUGCGACAAACAUAUGACCAGUCAAUAAGCAGGAACUGGAGACCAGGUGGGUUGGGUGGUUACAUAUUUUUCACAACACCUGAAUUUAAUCCAAAGUUAUUUAAUCUUGACAUGGUUUUUGAUGUAGUAUUUAUGGUGCUUUGAGUUUUCUGUGGUGCCAUUGGCGUACACUUCUUUGGAGCAAGACUGGUAUAGCUGUAUGCAAGAUUACGGCAGUGUCACGGUGUAUAAUUGUUGCGUGACUCUUCCUGAGGGCUUGCAAGAGUAACACAACAGGCAUUUGUUUGAGGCUUAUCUUCUGAAAUUAACAGAACUACGCCAUAGGACUUUGCUACAGUCUUACUCUUUAAGCGAGCGAACUUGCACUGUAAUUCAAAAUAAGUAUGCUUGGUUGACACGCCUUUUAUUAUCUUUCUUCUCAUUCGAUGUAGUCACGCGUCACCAGAUAACAUGUAAUUCGCAUUACCGUCAACUCCCUUUGUUGCGGACACUGUAGGGACCUUGAGUUAAUGUCCUCAAUAGCGAGAGUCCGUAAUAGCGGGAGUUUAUUUCAGUCAAACGUCUGUAAUUUGUUUUUGCCGGGGAUUUAGCUGUUGUCCGUAUUAUUGGGGUGUCCAUUAUAGCUGGGUGUCCGCAAGGCGGAGUUGACUGUGCUAUGCUCCUCUGUGAAUGGUUGGUUUUCAACUGCUGUGAUAUGCGCUUUUUUAUCCUCGCUGUUGCGGUGAGUUGCUUCCCUCGGCACUGGUCUCCUGUUAUUGGGUAUCCAUGCUUCUGGAACUUUCAUUCCACUCUCCCUGUUGAUGUUGUAAGUUUUAGGUAGACGCGCUUCUUUCAUCGUGCUUGUCUAACGAUCAGUAAGCUUUGGAAUAAAGUAAGGUGGUUGGUUGUUUCACUGUUUUUCUGUCUUCACAGGUGAUCGAUUUCGCAGUGUUAUCGACGAGACCUGGUGGGCCGGUGAAAUAACUGAUAGAAGUCCUUUCCAAACUGAGUUCGUGGAAUCUCAUUUUCAGUGCUUCACUGUCACGUAAGAAAUUAAAAAUAAAAAGUAAACUUUUAGCUAGUCCUAAAGUUUAUGACUUAUGUUUCAACAUCUCCCAACACUUUGUGUAAUGUUUAAUAAACGACUGGCGACGUCUUUGUGAAUUUUUCAACCGGAAUAGAGCCCAACAUGUUCAGCAGAGUUCAACAUGUUGAGUUGCCUAAUUUGAUGUUCAACAUUGAAUAAUACAGUGUUCAACAUUUGAUGAACAAGACCUGCAACAUAUGUUGUUCUACGAUUGCGAAAGUCGAACCGUGUGCAUGGUAGGAAUAAAAACAUUUUUUUGUCCUCAAGUUUUCGUUUUUGAACUCAUCAGUCGACGAUGUUUCUUACACUUUUGUGUCAAAGAGUACAACAAAACCGCGCUUGCAUAACGAGUGCCAGGCUUUAUUUUCCUAUUACAACCUCGCACCGCUCAUGUCGUUAAGGAAAGUCCUGGACCUAAUAUAUAUUCUAUUGAAAUGUUUACAAUGUGUGGUGUUUUUAGAUGGGACACGGGCGAGGUAGAGCGAAUGAGCCCCUGGGAUCUACAGCCUGUCACAGAACGAGGUAAAUAAGUGUUCUCAUUUCUUUGCUCAUGCAACUUCAUGUAUUAAGAUCUCAAUUUUGCUCGGUUGGGGUAGAUGCAAUUAGAUGGCGGGGAACUGAACUGUUAGAAAGUCUUUUUGCCUUUAUUUUUGCUGUUUCCUAUGAAACACUCCGGGGACAAUGCUGAUGGUAGCCAGGGAAAAUCCCAGAGCGCGCGCUGUAUGAUGUAUGACAUCAUCGUAUUUGAAAACCUCCAUUUCCUUCCCCCGCGUUUCCAGAGCCCUCUGCUCCUGAGACCGUUUUCAAAAACCUGCUGUUUUAAAAAUAUCCUGAGUGUGGACUGGGCCUUUUGAGAAGAGGUUCUUGAGUAGAGAGUUUUGACGGUUUUUUUUUCUGUCAGACCCGGGGAACCCCGACCUCUCGGCCCAAGACACCGACGCCUCAGGCGCUGCAACAAGUAACAUACCGCUGACCGAUGAGGAGCGGCUCAUACUGGCGUAUGAACCCGAAGAUUCUGAUUGGCUCGGUGAAGGACGAGAUGCAAUGACCGAGCGACUUGUUGCGGGACUAGAAGCCCUGAGUCAGCUAAAUUUUGCUGGUCCUUUUGUGUACCCUGUGGAUGUACAUGCGUAUCCUGAUUAUUGGACUGUAGUACCUUAUCCUACUGACUUGAGCAACCUGCGAGAAAAGCUCUUAAAUAAGUAUUAUCGGUAUGACCUACUCUAUAUUUCCUUUAAGCUUGCUAUCCAUUCACCCUGCGUGCAGUACGUCCUUUUUUCUUCUUUAGUGAGAAGAAGGAGAAAAGGAGGUUCCACCUGAAUCGUGUCUGCGGCCCGUUUCUCGAGAGGACAAAAAACUUUUCGGGCCAGGGGCCCGUUUCUCAAAAGUCCCGGUAACUUUACGGGCCCGAAAUCCAAUAUUCAAAUCGAAAUAUAAAGAAUAAGAGCGCGGGUCCUGGCUAGAAAACUACUCCAUUUUGUUUCAUUAACUGACAGUUUUAUCAGGUUAGAUGCAAAACUAUUAAAACCUCGAUCUUUAAUGUAAACGGAGAUUUUAGAAGGGAGUUUUAGAAGUUUUGAAAAUUAUACAGUAGAGUUAUUAGCUAACGAAACAAAAUGGACUUCAUUAGCCCGUUAAUUAUCGCGACGUUCGAGAAACGGGCCCCAGAAGACAAAUUUUAAAAACCAACACUGUUGAAUAGGUAGCACAGCUGCUUGCCCACAAUUCAGUCAAUUUUGACUCGUUAAGUGAUAGUUUCAUUGUGUUAUUUUCAAAUUUUUGAAACUUUGAUCUCGAAUGCAAAGACAACAAACACAAAACAGCUUUCCGGGCCCGAAAAGUUCCUGGGACUUUCGAACAACGGGCCCCAGGUCGAUGGAGUCGGAAAAGUCCGAACUUCUGGACCAGUUAAUCUUGUCAUGGUUGCCACAGGUCAGGAUAUGGUUAGGGAAACAAAAAAUUAUUCAAGGUCAGGGAAAAGUCGGGGAAUUUCACUUUAAGUCAGGGAAAAGUUAAUUUUACUUAAUUCCUAUGCGCGGCUAAAAAAUCGCUUAAAUUUGUGGUAUUUUUUUUCCCAGACGAGUAGCAGCUCUUCAAUGGGAAGUGAAACAGCUGGAGAAGAAUGCCCGACUCUAUAACGAGGAAGAGAGCCAGAUUGUCAGAAAUUCAUCCAAGCUCGUGUCUGUUCUAAAUACAUUCAUCAGGUAGAGGACAAAUUCCGCUACAGUCAGAUCCCGCUUUACAGACACCCGUUUAAUCAGUUUUCUUUGUCCCUUGGGAAAGCCCUUACAUUUUCUCUAAAUUCAGCCCGAGAAGAAAAAAAAGAGACUUUCUUUUGUCGUGCCUCUCCCGUCUCGCGCCUUCAGUCAUGCGCGUGGUCAUUUGCCUGUCUCGGGCGUUUUGCUCGACGGACCAAGAAAAAAGAGAGACUGCUCGUAGUCUAUACGGAAGAUCAUAGGUUCUCAAUUCCUGUUGGGGACUUAGAUGUUUUCUUUCUUUGUCCCUUGCUCGUUACAUGUUGAUCACAUCAUUUCUUAUUUCUUACCCGAGCUUAAAAUUUACCAUCAUUCUUUAUUUAACACACACAUGACGAUUUUGACAUUGCUGAUCCUAGCGGUAUGCAGAGCGCAUGUCAUACAUGAACCUUGUAUAUGGCCUAGCUAGCCAUGAGUCCUUCGUAGCUCACUGCAAGUGGCUAGAGCAUCCGACCAGUGUACUGAAGGUCAUAGGAUCAAUUGCUUUCUUUGUCCCGUGCUCGUGACAUGUUGGUCAAAUCAUUCUCAAGACAACUUUUCUCAAUCCUCCAGAACCCCCAAGAAAGCAAUGCACUCGAUUUUGAAUUUGAUUUUUCCUUCUGGACAAAUUCUAGUCACUCCUCUUGCGCCGAACGAAAUGACAGAAAACGUGUUUGGAUAAAAAUUAUUAUCCUAGUUAACUGAGAUCGUUUGAUUCGUUUCAAAGGGACUCCUCCUGUAACGAUGUACUUUCACUUUGUGGGGAUGAAGAGGCAAUCGAAGGUGAUGUUGAGGUAUGGAAAUAACUUAUUGUUAUAAGAAACGAAUCUGAUUUUCCUCAUGACAGCCGUUAUGUUAUAUUGAUGCGUUGCACAAGAUUUUGCUAUUUUAGAACUCACCUUUCUAAUGGUUUCUCCUUAUUUUACAAAUUUACUUUUCGAACGUAGCUUGGACAGAAAAGCAACGGCAUCUACUGUUACGUUUGUUUCUGUAGGUAAAAGUUGACAAUAUGUCUGAAGAAUCCGCUGAUGAAGGAGACACCUCCCAGGUACAACAUGGAAUUUUUUUUUUCAAAAUUAAGUUUGUCUGGCUGACUUACUGAACGACCAACUUACUAACUCACUGAUUGACUGACUGACGGACUGACUGAUUGAUUGAUUGAUAGACUGACCGACCAAUCAUAACCAUUACUGCUGCGAUCAUUAGAUUUUUAAUCAUGACCAGCGCUCUUAAUCCAGUUUCAUUACUUUACAGGAUUCUGGUGUCUCGGGCUCACGGAAAAGAAAGCGAGUGAGUAAAACUUGCCUAGUCUUAUUUCAGUGUCGUAAAACCAGAGGCCCAAGUGUUAUCACCGGCCAAGAUGUUACUUUGGGGUCGCCUACUUUUUAGGCAAUCUAGUUUCGGAUCUAGAUCACCCAGUUCUUUUCGGAUUGUCUUGUGACUAGAACCAGACGCCAACCAAAUAUAGUUCUAUGCUUGUCAUUACCUCUGGAGUCCUAUACGUUUCUGGGAAACUGCUCACCUACCCCUUCCCUAAGCCAACAUUUUUCCCCAAGUGAGAAGUGAGUGUUAAUGUUGACUUAGGGGAGGGGUAGAUGGGCAGUUUCCCAAAAACGUAUAAUGAUCCGGAGUCCUUUGAUGUGUAUGAAUACGGUUCACCAAAUGGAAGGUGCAUUCUGAAAUCGGAUUCAUAUUCUCAUCUAAGAUUGUUUACUCCUAACUGCAAAGAAGAUCGAAAAUUCAAUCACAGCGUCAGGAUUUACAGUAGUUAACUUUACUAUUUCAACUUAAGAAUGAGAGCUUUGUAUAUGGGAGACUCUUCAGCUGUCAAUAAUGUUAAGUUCCAUUUUCAUUACCUUCAAGGAGUCGAGUUCCGAACGUCCAAACAAACAAAUCAAGAGGGAACAGCCGCCAUCACCACCAGUGGAGGUAAAACGACAUAUUUUUACAAAAGUUUGCUUCUAUAAGGACUGGAUCAUAUCAAAAACAAACUGAAAAUAAUUCAAUCUAAUCAUUUUUGGUUCGCUUAGAAAAAUAUCCACACACAUAGGCACCCGCAAGGUAACGGCAGUGUUACGGCAUGUUGUUGUUGCGUGACUCUUCCUGAGGGCUUGCAAGAGUAACACAACAGGCAUUUGUUUGAGGCUUAUCUCCUGAGAUAAAACGGAGUUAUGCCAUAGGACUUUGCUACAGGCCUAUUCUUUUGAAUUAGCAAACUUACACUGUAUAUCAAGUAUGCUUUACGUUAAUGUGUCUAUAGUGCUUUAUUCCCUCCUGUCGUCGUCGUUCUUGUUGUCUUGGUUACGUCUCUUUAAUGUUGUUGUCCGACAAAGAGCUUGCAGGCUUCUUGAAAAGCAUCAGUUUUCUGAUUUAUCGCGUUUAAUCGCGUGUUUUAUGCUUUCAGCCGUGGUUGCAGUCUGCGCAUGAGCUGUUAGAUUUCUUAGUGUCACGUGAAGAUGCAACGCCCUUCCGACAUCCCGUGGAUCUGAAUGACUGGCCCGUAAGUAAAAACCACAAAGUGAUAAACAGGAUAGUCUCUCAAUCAUUCUAUUCAGUGCAGUAGCUCAGUUUUCCUUGUCCUUUAGGAUUACACUGAUGUCGUUGCUGAACCAAUGGAUUUUAGCACGGUGUAUCAGCGACUAGAAAACAAUUUAUACGAGGACCCAGAGGCUUUUGUCAGAGAUGUGCGGUUAAUUUUUUCCAAUUCAAGAGCUUACAAUACAAUGCCAAGAUCACGGGUAUGUAUAGGGCUGUGAAACGUUAACACGCAAUCAGGAUAAUGGGGAAAAAUAACUUUAUUCCGCCGAAGUUGAGCACAGAUGAACAAGCUAGUCUUUAUUGCAGUGCCUCCGACCGAAAGACUUCGGGAGUUAUGCCGCUCUGUUGUCAGUUGCUUCAACCAGUUGCAAAAAUACUUGACACGCCGUCCCUUAUUUUGGCUCAGAUGGCCCGUCCAUGAUCUUGUGCUUGUAAUCUCGCCUCCUUCCCUUGUCAAAGUUGCCAGCAAUACAAGACCAUGCCUAAAACUUGGAGGAAUAACUUUGAAUGGAGGGGAGGGAGGGGUUGAGUGUUAUAUCUUUCACUUACGGGUGACUAGCGGCGAUUUGAAGUAAAAAAGGCCGGCUUUUCGUCGGAGCGUCUCAUCAUUACGUUCAUCAUUUUUGCAACUGGUUGUAGCAAUUAGACAAGCGAAGAGGGAAAACACUUUAUAAUUCAAAACUGGAGAGGCACGUGCGUACAGAGUACGGCCAGAAUUUAAGGGCGGGCAUGGGGUAGAAGUUUCCCCAACUAAAGAGGCUACGCGUGCGGU